UGUGGAAUUUAUCUCACGAGAGUGAGAAGCUGCCACUUGCCUCGUUCUCUACAUUUGGAUUCCGAUCCAUCUUUUUCAUAACUAGCUUCUACUCGUGACGAGUCUAGCGCUCUCUAUACGCACAUCUCAGAAUGCGACCAGGACCCUGCUUUGCCUUCCAACGCGGCCACUGCCGUCGCGGUACCAACUGCCGAUUUCGCCAUGACACACCAACGACGACCAGAGGCUCGCCGAGUGCUUCAAACAUACAGCCCCGUGAGGAGACUGAAGCUGAAGCAAACUGCCGAAAAUGGAAAUACAUGAUUCCGAGACCCAACACAAAUAACUCGUGUUUCCAGGCUGCUAUGGACAUAGAUAUGUUCCUCCAGAUAGGCUGGAAACUCAUCGAGAGCGAGGAUGCAGGAACACGCCAGGAUAUCAUUACCAAACUUGGAGCUGAGGAAGGACUCUCGAUCAUCAAGUCUAUAACGGACACCAUGGAUGCUAGCCGAACGGACGAGACCUCCAUUUCGAUAUUCAAAAACAUGACACUUCCUCUCUAUAGGAUCAUCUCUCACCCGGAUGUGCUAUGCUCUCUGAUACUAGAGACUCCUGUUGAUACAAUCUACAACUUUCUCUUUGGCCCCAGCGGUCGACGUGGCCUUGGUGUGUUUCGCUUUACAGCAACUGCUCUAAGUGGAAUGAUUUUGGGACAUUCUCCAAGCGACGAAGAAGCUUCCAUCAUUGCCAUAUCGUCAAGCCUCGCAGUUCUAGACCGACUUAUCGAGAUCAACCAAAGUGCCCAAGUUAUCGAAGGCUUUAACCCUAUCGUAGAGACGAUUACUGCUUGUAUCCCGGAGAAUUCCAUGACACCAAACGCACAACAAAGCCUCACUCGAAUUAGACGUCGUCUUAACAUCGGAUCUUCAUUGCCCUUUGCGCCAGCCCAAUUAGCUCCGCAAAAUCUCCCACCUGCAACUUUUGAGCUGAGUCAAGACUUGCCUGGCAACCUCUCUAACAUCGGCGCUCGACACGAUAACGACCACGCAAGUAUAGCUGAUAUCCUGAUCCUCCCUACGGCUCAAGAGAUUGCCUCCCAACGACAAGAGUAUCUCCCAUUAAUCGAUCCCGCACGCAACCACCUGUUGGGUCUCGCUGGGCUUCUAGACAGACAAUUCCGACUCCUCCGCGAAGAUACAGUCGGCCAAUUACGGGAUGCAGUUCGUGAAGAGAUUAUGAGACUAGAACGUCCAAACCCCAACCAACCAACGGCAAAGCAUGGCCAGCAAGCCGUUCGAAAGCUCGUCUACCAUAACGCAUGCUUUUCUCAUAUAUGUGUUGAUCGCAGAAAGGGUCUCCAAGUUGUAGUCGAUUUCGACCAACCCAUCCAAAUAAAGAACAAAUCUGCCAAGCAGCGAGAAGACUGGUGGAAGGGAAGUAAGCUUUUAGAGGCCGAUUCGCUCGUCUGUUUUGUAUCUUCAAAUGGAAAAAUCAUCUUCCUGUGUGUCUGCAAUCCUAUACUUCCGGGAAAGGGCUCUGACCAAGAUGAUAAGAGGAGACUAGACGAUAGUCCGAGCCUUUUCAGACAUGCGAAUCGCGCGUCUGUGCUACUGAGCCUAGCUGAAUAUAAAUCAGAGGAUGUUAAUUGGAUUGCCACUCACAUCGGACCUUUUAAAGCGCGACAAUCACUUGUUGAGUUCCCAGGGGUGCUACUACCUUCUUUUCAACCAACUCUGCAAGCCUUGCAGAAAAUGAGCCGGACACUGGACCUUCCAUUUGCGGAAAUUAUUGCACCGAAUACACAGGCUUCUGAUGUCGUCAUAACCCCCCCAGCAUAUGCUACGAAGAGAGGGUUUACCUUUAGCCUCGAUGUUCUCGCCAGGGUGCCACUAUCUCUUACCCCUGGACAACCAUUCGAUUACACCAAGCUAGAAGAAGGGUCCACGCUUGACGAAGCCCAGCAACACGCCGUUAUCCAAGCUCUUAGUUUAGGACUGGCUUGUAUCCAAGGCCCUCCUGGCACUGGAAAGAGCUACACUGGUGGAGCGCUUAUCAAGACUUUACUCAAAAACCGGAAAGCAGCCAAUCUAGGUCCCAUCAUCUGCGUCUGCUACACGAAUCAUGCUCUUGAUCAGUUGCUAGAGCAUCUUGUGAGUGAUGGCGCAGAGCAAGUCAUCCGUCUUGGAUCAAGAUCGAAGUCUGAAAUGCUUCAAAACCUCACAAUCCGCCAUGUAGCGAAAGAGGUUGAGCCAACGAAAGUGGAAAAACAUGAUAAAUGGAAGCAUAACCAGGCCAUUGGAGAAACGCUUCGAGAAAUUGAAGAAAUUUUGUCUGGGUUAAAUAACCCAAAGUCAUGGACGAACAUUCAAACCCAUCUUAUGAAAACCCACAGAAGUCACUUCAAGGAAUUGCUUGGCAAGGGAGUUGACGACGAGGGAUUCCGGGAAGUUAAAGGCAAGAAGUACAGGGUUGUAGAGAGUUGGCUCAGAGGAGCACCGAAGAAGCUUGACUCAAACCGACCUCUUGUUCAGCUUACAGCAAUUUCUUUGAGAGAGAUGUCGACGUCAGAGCGUACUGCUCUUUACAAACAUUGGAUUGACCAGCACAUCUCCCGACUCUCUAAUAUUCUCAUUCAAGCGUUGGAUUCAUAUAACAAGUCGAAAAGUGCGCUAGAUAAGUGCCACAGUGAACUAGAUCUUCGAUGCCUUCAAGAAGCUCAUAUUAUCGGCGUAACAACGUCUGGGUUAGCAAGGAACGUCGAGUUGCUUCAGCGCGUGGGAGCAAAAGUCAUGAUAUGUGAGGAAGCAGGAGAGGUUCUUGAGGCACACACUCUCACCGCAUUUUUACCUGGAGUCGAGCAUGUCAUCCUGAUCGGCGACCAUGAGCAACUCCGGCCGCAGAUCAACAAUUUCGAGCUUCAACAUGAUAAUCCCCGAGGCAAGAAAUACUCCCUCGAUAUUUCGCUGUUUGAGCGUCUCGUGAAACCUCAGACGGGGAGUUUUGAAGUCCCUUUGAGUACAUUGAAGACUCAGCGGCGAAUGCAUCCUUCUAUCUCCGAACUCGUUAGGGUCCCGCUCUAUCCAGACUUGCAAGAUCACCCCUCAGUGUCAGAAUAUCCAGAAGUAGAUGGGAUGCGGCAUCGCCUAUACUGGCUUAACCACCAGGAGAAUGAAGACCCUCGAAAUGCCCAAGCUGUCUCGUUAUCCAGAACCAACUCUUUCGAAGUGGAAAUGGUCGCCUCACUCGUCUCGCACCUUGUCAGACAAGGAACAUAUGGACCUGAGGAUAUAGCAGUUAUUACUCCAUAUCUCGGACAGUUGCAGAAAAUCAAGAAGAGAUUAGCGAACUCCUUUGAGAUUAUUGUUGGGGAUCGAGAUCAAGAAGAUUUACAAGCUCAGGGACUUCAAGACGACCCAGAGGCCAAGGAUGGCCGAAUCCAAAUCCAGAAAACGACACUACUAAGUUCUUUAAGAAUUGCGACAGUCGAUAAUUUUCAGGGCGAAGAGGCCAAAGUCAUUGUGGUCUCCUUAGUUCGAAGCAACAAGGACCAGAAAUGUGGAUUCUUGAAGACAUCCAAUCGAAUCAAUGUGCUGCUGAGUCGUGCACGACAUGGCAUGUACAUCAUCGGCAACUCUGAUACUUCGAGACCUAACGCUCAAACAACAUCGGCCCAAGCCUCGCACUAUGCUGUCCUCGACAUAAAGAGACGCCUAUUGAAGUCUCAGUACCAGACGAUUUUUCUCGGCUCGCCCCCGAAGGCGGCUGUGCCAAGAGAUGUUCAUCGAGGCUACAAUGUGGUCAUUCCUGCAUUAACAUGUGCCAUUCAUCAUCUUUGCACAAAGCAGUUCGUUGUCUUGAACGCUGCCCAAGGACAAAGAAAGGUUGCGAGCAUGAGUGUCCGAGAGUCUGCGGAGAUCUAUGCGAGAAAGAAUGCCAAGUCGUGGUAUACAACAUCCCUUUACCAUGUGGGCACAUCGCCGGCCACCUGA